AUUUAUUGCACCAUGGAAAGUUCAAAAUGUGCUUCCUUUAUUCUUCUUCUUCUUCUUCUUCUUCUUCUUCUUCUUCUUCUUCCAUCUUCAGAUUCAAUAAGCUUUCAGAUACCUAACUUCACCCCUAGUCCCAAUUACAUUCAGUACCAGGGAGAUGCAAUGUCUUCCUCCGGAGUUGUGGAGUUAACCACCUAUGAUAGACAAUUUCGUGUUGGUUGGGUCACAUAUGCAAAUAAAGUCCUAAUGUGGGACUCCAACUCAAGAAAGCUUUCAGACUUUACUUGUAGUUUCUCCUUCAGCAUUGAUGUGCCCAGUUCAAAUAUUAUAAGCGAUGGAAUAGCGUUCUUCCUUGCUCCUGCUGGAUUUCAAAUCCCACCCAACUCUAUUAGUGCCUUCCUUGGCCUAUUCAACGACACAACACGACAUUCCUCCUCAAAUAGGAUCAUCUCAGUGGAAUUUGACACUUGGCAGAACCUUGAAUGGGAUCCUGAGGAGGUUAAAAGUCAUGUGGGUAUCAAUAUCAAUUCCAUACGCUCUGCCGUUUACAUUCCCUGGAAUGCCAGUUUCCACCUUAGGGAUACUGCUGAUGUAUUGAUUACAUAUAAUUCUACAACCAAGAAUUUGAGCGUCUCAUGGAGCUAUCAGAAAACCAAAAAUCCUCAGGAAAUUUCAACCCUUUGUUACUCAGUUGAUUUGAGGGAUGUUUUAAACAAAUGGGUGACUAUAGGCUUUUCAGCUACUUCAGGAGGUGAAAGAGCACGAUAUACACUCAAAUCUUGGAAAUUCAAUUCAAGCUUGGAUGCUAAGGAAACCAAUGAGAAUUCAUCAAGAAAGAUCAAAAUAGCUGUUGCUAUUAUCAUACUAGUGAUCAUUCUUCUCAUUGGAACCCUUUUAGCAUAUAUGAUUAUGAGGCAAAGGAAACAGGUAAAUAAAAGGGCAAAGACGACAAAUUUAACAUCUAUCAACGAUGACUUUGAGAUGGGCACUGGACCACGAAGGUUUUCAUACCAAGAUAUUGCCUCUGCUACUAACAAUUUCUCUCAAGAUAGGAAAAUGGGUGAAGGAGGUUUCGGUGCAGUUUAUAAAGGCUAUCUAGCUGAUAUAGACAUGUUGAUUGCUGUAAAGAAAAUUUCUAAAGGAUCAAAACAAGGAAAAAAGGAGUAUGUAACAGAGGUGAAGAUCAUUAGUCAAUUAAGGCAUCGAAAUUUGGUGCAACUUAUUGGCUGGUGUCAUGAAAAGAGUGAGUUUUUGCUUGUUUAUGAGUUCAUGUCGAAUGGUAGUCUUGAUUCUCAUCUCUUUAGCAAAAGGAGUCCUCUUCCUUGGCAUAUAAGGUAUAGAAUAACACUUGGAUUGGCCUUGGCAAUUCUGUAUCUUCACGAAGAACAGGAGCAGUGUGUGGUGCAUAGGGAUAUUAAGUCAAGUAAUAUAAUGUUGGAUUCUAGUUUUAAUGUUAAGCUUGGUGACUUUGGGUUGGCUAAGUUGAUGGACCAUGAGUUAGGCCAAAUUACAACAGGGUUGGCAGGUACUUUUGGCUACUUAGCUCCAGAGUACAUAAGUACAAGGAAGGCAAGUAAGGAGUCAGAUGUGUUUAGUUUUGGGGUGGUGAUAUUAGAGAUUGCUACUGGAAGAAAGUCUACGGAUCGAAUGGGGGAAGAGUCUGAUUUGGGGUUGGUGGAGUGGGUUUGGGAUCUGUAUGGGAAAGGAAGGCUUCUUUCCAGUGUUGAUGAGAGAGUCAAGAGGGAUUUUGAUGAGAAACAAGCAGAAUGUUUGAUGAUUGUUGGAAUGUGGUGCUCUCACCCUGAUCGAAGCUUAAGGCCAUCAAUCAAGCUAGCAGUUCAGGUUCUAAACUUUGAGGCAACAAUGCCAAAUCUUCCUUUAAAAAUGCCUGUGCCUAUGUAUCGUGUCCCUACACCAUUAGUUAACUCUAGAGAACCUUUUAUUUCUUAUUCUAGUAUAGAGGUAGGCCGUUAAGAUAUGAUUUAGUUAGCUUUUCAUCAAGUAAAAUGUAUGGUUAUUUAACUCUUUUCAAGAACUUCUGAAGUUGAAUUUGAAUGCUUAAUUAGAUAUAUUUAUUACAAUAUUGUCUAAUAGUGAAUCUUAUUCCUCACUAGAAGAGACUACAAUUGAUGGUUAUUAAUCUUUCAGAAAGAGCUUGCUUGACAAGAAGUGCGGUGCCAUAUAAAUCAUGGUGAAUAAC